CCUUGACCCAGCAAGACGCUAUCGUGUAGUAACGGAGUGCGUGUCCUUCUUCAUGGGUAGCUUAAAGGAGAUUUGUGACGGUUUACCAGUGAACCCACCACCCAGGGUGAGACCACGGGACGAGACAGUGCCGCACGCACCUGUUAGGACGCCUAACUUAACGCAAGAUGAACAGAGGCUUGCCCUACAGAAUGCUUUGCGCUACUUCCCUCCAGAGCUGCAUGCCACACUGGCGCCAGAGUUUGCCCAGGAACUGAGAGACUAUGGACACAUCUAUAUGUACCGCUUCCGGCCAGAUAUAGAAAUGAGGGCAUAUCCUAUAGAUGAAUACCCUGCACGCUCGCGCCAGGCUGCUGCCAUCAUGCACAUGAUCAUGAACAACCUUGACCCUCGCGUGGCGCAGUUCCCGCACGAGUUGGUGACCUACGGUGGCAACGGACAGGUGUUCUCCAACUGGGCACAGUUCCUGCUGGUGAUGCACUACCUGUCCAUCAUGAGAGAUGACCAGACGCUUGUCAUGUGCUCAGGCCACCCCCAGGGGUUGUUCCCCAGCCACACUUCGGCCCCCAGGGUGGUCAUAACUAACGGAAUGAUGGUUCCUAAUUACUCGUCCAGAGAGAUGUAUGAGAAAUUGUUUGCCUUGGGUGUCACCAUGUAUGGUCAGAUGACGGCAGGCAGUUAUUGUUACAUAGGACCCCAAGGCAUUGUACAUGGGACAACCUUAACAGUACUGAAUGCUGGUCGCCGCCAUAUUGGCAGCAGUGAUUUGGGAGGACGCGUCUUUGUAACGUCUGGACUGGGAGGAAUGAGUGGAGCGCAGCCCAAGGCAGCCGUCAUCUGUGGGUGUGUGGGAGUCAUCGCUGAGGUAAGUGAGGAGGCCCUGCGUAAGCGCUACGACCAGGGAUGGCUCAUGGAGAUCGCGGACGGUUUAGAGGACUGCAUCCGCAAAAUACGCCAUGCAAGGCAAGACCAACUGGCAGUCAGUAUUGGUUACCAUGGAAACAUUGUAGACUUGUGGGAAAGACUAGUGUAUGAGUAUGACAGUACAGGAGAUCUGCUGGUAGACAUAGGGUCUGACCAGACAUCAUGUCACAACCCAUUCCUUGGUGGUUACUACCCUGUCCAGUUGAGCUAUGAAGACAGCAGAAUGAUGAUGCACUCGGACCCUGUGAGGUUUAAAAACCUAGUCCAGGAAAGCUUGCGCAGGCAGGUGGCAGCCAUUAACAGACUGUCGGAGGCCGGAAUGUAUUUCUUUGAUUAUGGAAAUGCCUUCCUCCUAGAGGCGUCAAGAGCAGGUGCUGAUGUGAUCAAAGACUCUGGAGGGCUCAAUGUGAGAUUCAGGUACCCGUCCUAUGUACAGGAUAUCAUGGGAGACAUCUUCUCUCUGGGAUUUGGACCCUUCAGAUGGGUGUGUACUUCUUGUGAACCCAGUGACUUAGAAACCACAGAUAACAUAGCAGCUGCUGUCAUGGAGGAUAUCGUCAACCAGGGGGUCCCAGAGACAGUUGCAAUGCAGUACAGAGAUAACAUACGGUGGAUUAAAGAGGCUGCCCAACACAAACUGGUUGUGGGAUCACAAGCAAGAAUCCUAUAUGCAGACCAAAAUGGACGAUCCGCCAUUGCAGUCGCUUUUAACAAAGCCAUCAAGGAUGGAGCUAUCCAGGGUCCUGUGGUAAUCAGCAGGGACCAUCAUGACGUCAGUGGCACAGACAGUCCCUUCAGAGAGACAGCCAAUAUUUAUGAUGGCUCUAGUUUCUGUGCUG